AGUAUUUUCAAGUGAAAUGCGCAGGUCAAUUCUCAAUUUCGUUGUAGGUAUUUCUAUUUACGCCCUGACCUACACCGUAGUUUACUUCAUGUUGACUUUGUUUUUGGUCAAUCAUUUGACCUUGCAAUUUGUCACUUCGAAGUACAAUUGUUUAUCGUACCUUCGAGGGCACAGCAGGCAGCUAUGCACUGUAGGUGUUCAAUUCAAUGAAAAUAGCAAUUUAAAGUGGAUGCUUUGAAAUACUGCGCCAUUUGACCGUGCGUGUGCCUACUCGGGUACAUAUGUGGUGACCAGCAGCUCAGAGUGGCAAAUGGAAAAGUCACGGGCCGAGCUUUUGAAGACCAUCGAAAGCCAGGGCGAGCAGAUUGGUCGUUAUGAAAACCGUCUGAGAGAUAUUGUCAGUGCCUAUAAGGGGUUGCUGAGUGAGAAAGAGGCCCUCGAGGCAAGCGUCUCUGCACUCAGCAAAUCCCCGUCCACCACACGGACCCAGGAGGUUCGGAAUGCCCGUGCUGCGGACGCAAGUGGCAGCAGUGCUGCGGCAUCAGAAGACGAGGGACAAGGGACUCGGUUAGAGGGUGGCGGCAAUGCUGCUACUGCCACUGCCGAAGACUCUUCCGGUCAAGAAAGUGGGCAAUCCGAUGAUCUUUCGGCACGGCUGGCAACUCUAACGGCAUCACUCGCCACUAUCUCGGCAGAGAAGUCUCGGAUGGAGGCCUCUUUUCAAGCGGGCAAGAAACUGUUAUUGCAAGAGAACGAAAAUCUCCAGCGGCAGCAUCGGGAAGACUCCAAGCAGCUGAGAUCCGAGAUAGAUCAGCUCAAGGGUGAGACUGAAAAAUUACGGCAGCGCCUCCGUAUUCAGCAGCAGCAGCACGACCAGGAGCAGACCAACCAUGCUGCCAUGCUGAGAGAACUUCAGCAGCUUCUGGCUGAGGAGCGGAUGGCAAAGGAUGACGUUGAGCUGAAGUUGGAGAAUGCAGAAACCAGUUCAGUGCGCCAGGUUGCCACGACCAGAGCGGAACACGAUCAGUUGAUGUGCAAGCUCAAUGCUGAGAUCAAGUCGUUGCGAUCUGAACUGGCUGAGCGUGGCAAGACUAAUCAAGACGACACUGUCAUCUUGCAGCAAGUACAAGUACAGAUGGCGCAGAUGAAAUUACAACACAGUGAAAGUCUGAGUAAGGAGCGGCAACGGGUCGUCGAUGCAGAACAGCGUAUUUCCACCGUGUCCCGGCGCGAAGAGGAGAGAGUCACCAGCCUGGAAGCACAGCUAGCCGAGCUGACCGUUAUGGUGGGUCGCUAUGAUCGCCUGCGUGAGCAGGACCAGCAAUCAAUAAGCCACCUCCAAGGUCAAAUGUCCGAUAUCAACAAACAGAACGUUGAUCUCCGGGAGCAGCUCAGCGAAGCACAGACAGAUGAUGCAAAGAAGGAAGUUCUAUUACUACGGGAGCGUCUUGGCAAACUUCAUCUGUUGUUGAAGGAGGCCAACCCAGACUCCUUGGCAGCAUUAGAUGCAGAUAAUGAUUCGUUAGGUGAUGAGAAAAUCGCGGAGCAACUUCAUCAGACAUGUGAGCAGCGCUACAAGAACCUAUUUGAUGAGUUUGAGGCAUUCAAGGCCACUCAACGCUCGACAAAGGAUGGUAGCAGUGAGGAGCUGCGACGUCUGCAUGGUCAGAUGCGACACUUGCGUGACCGCCUGCAGCCCAUGCAGCAGCAGUUAGACACGUCGCAGAGCUGUUUACGCGAACGAGACCUCCAGUUGGAACAUGUGCAGAGCAGACUGGAGGAAGAGAAGCUGGACCAUCAGAAGGCGCUCUCUGCAGCACUAGCUACUCAUCAGCAAGAGCUACUGUCAGUCCAGUCUGCCCGCGAGCGCUCUUAUGCUUUGCUUCAAGACCGAGAAGCCGAGAUUGAGAAGCUGCGUGCUCAGCUGGCGGGCUCUGGGCUGGAUGAUUGGACAAGGUCUUCGUCAGUGUUUACAUCAUCUCAGCGACAUUCCAGCAGCGGUGGCGGUGGCGGUACUGGUGCUUCACCUGUGACAUCUCCCGGAACAGUACAGAACCCUUUUAUUGAGGGGAGAGUUGGCAGUGUGGACCAGGCGGUCGAAGACCUGAUGGGACACUCCAAUCAUCCGUUCCCCAGUGCGACGGCCAGCAACAGUCUGCUGCACUAUGCACAGCAACAACAGCGGGUAGCUGCUGAAGUGGAGCAUUUCCGUAGCCAGCGGGAUGAUUUGCUCGCCGAGCUGCGCGACUGCAGAGAACGCGCUGAGCGUUACGAGGAACAGUGUGGCCUGCUCAAGGAGGAGAUCAGAAAGAUGGAUCGCAACAAAGACCGUGGUACAGCCAGUCUGGAGUACCUGAAGAAUGUAGUGCUCAGCUACAUGACUCUGGAUGGCUAUUCACCGGGCAGAAUACACAUUGCCAACGCCAUUGCCACUAUCCUACAGUUCAGCCCUGAAGAGCGGCAAAAAGCUGUUCAUAGCGCAAACGCGUCCUCAUGGUGGCCACCCGCUGCCAAGUGACUGAUGUACAUCUACCAGUGCAUUUGGGGGUGAACUCCCUCGUCUAUCUGUAGAAUAUUGUAAAUACUGCUUGAUCUUGCAUUUCGGUGACUGUACAUUCGCUACCAGUUGUACCCCCCCCCCCCCCAUCCUGUCAUGUACAUAUUUACAACCACUGUUAGUACCGUUAUCUCAAUUAUUGGAUGUUGUUUGCUUGUUCAUAUUUAAAAUAGGCAUGUCACUACGAAGCGACGCCCGUUUAGUGAUGCCUAUGUUGAUAGUUUGAGAUCUAUUUCUUUUUUACUUUCUACUCUUUGCUAUGCUGAGUACAGCCCUGCUGUAUAUGUUUUACGCUGAUUUUGUUAGUGAUACAUGUACCAGUAUUUUCCUCUACUUGUGGAGUAAUUGGUACAUACAAGUAUAUGUACUUCAAA